AUGGCGAGCCUCCCGAAGGAAAUGAAGGCUCUCAGAUACGAGAAGCCUGAGGACUGGUCCAUUGUAACAGUCCCGCUCCCAGAGCUGCGAGACAAUGAUGUCCUGGUUCAGGUGAAGGCUUGUGGUGUUUGCGGAACCGACCUGCAUAUCCACGAAGGAGAAUUCAUCGCCAAGUUUCCUCUUAUUCCCGGCCACGAAACCGUCGGUGUCAUUGCCGCCGUCGGCAAGAACGUCCAAGACUUCAAAGUCGGAGACAAGGUUGCUGCCGACAACAGUGAGCUUUGCAACGAAUGCUUCUACUGCCGUCGCGGCCAAGUCUUACUUUGCGAAAACUUCAACGCGCAUGGUGUUACCAUGAAUGGUGGCUUUGCCGAGUAUUGCGCUUAUCCUGCUGCCAAGGUGUUCAAGUUCAAGAACCUAAACUGGGUUGAUGCCACUCUUCUUGAGCCUGCUUCGUGUGCAUGCCAUGGCCUGGAAAAGAUUCGUCCCAAGCUUGGCUCACACGUUCUCAUGUUCGGUGCUGGCCCCACCGGUCUUAUGCUUGCUCAGCUCUUGAGACAGAACGGAGGUUGCCAGGUCACCAUUGCUGCACCCAAGGGCUUGAAGAUGGAUCUCGCCAAGAGCCUCGACGCUGCCGAUACUUAUGUAGAACUGUCCCGAGAGAACCCCGAAGCUCAAUUCGAUCAGCUCAAGAAGGAAAAUCCUUACGGCUUCGAUAUUGUUGUCGAGGCCACCGGAUCGGUCAAGAUUCUUGAGGAUGCAAUCCACUAUGUUCGCCGAGGCGGUACUCUCGUUGUUUAUGGUGUUUAUGCCAAUGCCGCCAGAGUCUCUUGGCCGCCAUCCAAGAUUUUUGGUGACGAAAUUACCAUUAUCGGCUCCUUCUCCGAAACCUUCAUGUUCCCCGCCACAAUCGACUACCUCGACUCUGGAAAGGUCAGGACCAAGGGCAUUGUGAACAAGACCUUUAAGCUCGAGGAAUUCGACAAGGCUCUUCAGAGCAUCAAGGACAAGAGUGCUAUCAAGGCCGCUAUCGUAUUCGACUGA